CUGCGGCCCGCCCAGGGCCUGACCGCCCGCCCGCCCGGGGCCGGCUUCGCAGCGGCGGCCGUAGCUGCAGCCGCCGCCCGUUGCAGCGCCGGCGCCGAUGCCUCCUGCGGCGGCCCGGCAGGGAAGAUGGCGCCGUCCCACGUCCUCAAGUGUUGCCAGAAGGUGCUGGCCUGGGUGCCCGUGGCCUUCAUCGCCCUGGUCGUGGCCUGGUCCUACUACGCCUACGUGGUGGAGCUCUGUGUGUUUACUAUUUCUUCAACUGCAGAAAAAGAGCUGUUGGAAGCUCCCGAACCAUCCAUGCAGCAUGUUGUACAGCUUCCUAAAGGACUCUCUUCAUGUGCACGGGAAAUUGUCUACCUUGUGGUUUUUCAUCUGUCAUUUGUCAUGUUUGUAUGGUCCUAUUGGAAGACAAUUUUCACAUCUCCUGCAUCCCCCUCUAAGGAGUUCUGCUUGUCAAAAGCUGACAAGGAACAGUAUGAAAAAGAAGAGAGACCAGAAUCCCAGCAGGAGAUUUUGAGAAGAGCUGCUAAAGACUUGCCUAUCUAUACGACAACAGCAUCGAGAGCAAUCAGAUACUGUGAUCGAUGCCAGCUGAUCAAACCUGACCGCUGCCACCACUGCUCUGCAUGUGACAUAUGCGUAUUAAAAAUGGACCACCACUGUCCAUGGGUGAAUAAUUGUGUGGGAUUUUCUAACUACAAAUUCUUCCUCCUGUUUUUAAUGUAUUCCUUACUGUACUGUCUGUUUGUUGCUGCUACAGUCUUGCAGUACUUCAUAAAGUUUUGGACAAACGAAUUGCCAGAUACCCAUGCAAAAUUCCAUGUGCUGUUCCUUUUCUUUGUGGCAGCCAUGUUCUUCAUCAGCAUACUGUCGCUCUUCAGCUACCACUGCUGGCUGGUUGGCAAAAACAGAUCAACCAUAGAAACAUUCCGUGCACCCACAUUUCGAAAUGGCCCUGAUAAAAAUGGAUUUUCUCUUGGAUGCAGCAAAAAUCUGAGGGAGGUUUUCGGAGAUGAAAAGAAGUAUUGGCUACUCCCUAUCUUUACCAGUUUGGGUGACGGGUGUAAUUUUCCAACUCGUUUGGUGAUCGUGGAUCCAGAGCAACUUACUGUCUCAAGCCAAAAUGAACCUGCCAAAAGCUCUGGAGCCAAUCAGUCCUUUUCUCCUCGACCACUCAGUGAAUCACAAAAUCGAUUGCUAGCCAGUGACAGUCAGUGGGUGGAAAGUGGCCCAGAAGAGGAAAAUGUUAAAUCAGGUGCAAAAAAGCAUAUUAUAGUUUCAUUGGAAAGCUGAUCUCAGCUGAUUACUAACCAGCCAUCUCAGUGAGAAACAGGUUUCUGCAACACAUUUUGUGCUUGAAUAUUACUUAAUUUUGUUUGGAAGAAGUGAGCAGUUAAAAAAAGGAACAUGAACAUUUUAGAAAGAGACAAGAAAUUCAAGUUUCUGCACAGUACAAUGGAUUCUUGUACGCACUAUUGCAGAGCAGGGAAGUUAAGACAGAUGCCUUAAGAUUCUUAACGUGCAUUUAUGCAACACUGAAUUAUCUACUGCUACCAAAGGGCCAAAUCCUGAAGUGCCCUGCUUGGAUGCACAAGGUCCAGAGUGGGAACUAUGCAUUUCUGUUAAUGCUGCAGUGGUGGGGUAGAUCGCAGGGACUCCUGCCUCCCCACGGGCAAACUUCAUACCUUAGGCACUGCAGAAGUCACUUCAGAGGAAGUAUUCAGGGGAAAGAAAGAAAGAAAGAAAAAAGGAAAAGAGAAAAAUAAAAGGGGGGAGGGGGGGAAGUCAACAUAGAGCAUGGCCAGUGAGUCUGAAGUGCGACGCUACAUGGUUCAAACACCAGGUGAUGGGGAAGAGGACUGGAUGAUAUCUCUUCCCCUCUUAUUAACCAUUCUACACCAUGGUCACAGCCUUCAAAGUCUUUCAGGACUGAGGAUUCCUUCUACUAGCUGUGCUUUGGAGCAAGGCAAUGCCAACAACAUAAAAGCCUUUUAUUUAGGUGUUGCUUUUUUUGCUAUAGGAUUGAGCCCCCUGAUCAUUGUAACUUGAUUUAUUGAACUGUAUCAAGAACAGAAUUCAAGGAAGCAAACUCAUUUUUUUAGUUGAAAAAAACAUUAUUACCUUCCAACAAUUGUCUCUCAGCAUACAAAGAAAAGCCAAUCCAAAAAUGAAUUAACAACUGUUACAUUUUCUGUUAAUGUCUGCAGUGUUUUGUAUGAGGCUGUAACAAAAUGGUAAAGUACCCCUGAGAAAAACCUUGGUGCAGUUGUGUGUUGUUAGGAAAUGGAGCUGGAAGAGUACUGUUUUUUCUAUGGGACUCUGGAUGGUUUAUGAAUGCUGUUUUAUACUUCUGUUUUAUCUUUUUAAUAAAGGCAUAAGUUUUUAUUGGGUCUAAGGUACCAUUUAAACGAAUAUCCAGUACUUAUGAGAAAAUUAGUGUUGGAUCAUACAUGUGUUAACACACUGAAAAUUUGUAUGCUUUAGUCUGCCACUUUCAAGUCUAGUUUAAGUGAUACUGAAAUUGCUAAAGAUUGAGUACUUUGUGCAGUGAUGUACGUGUUCACAAAAGACAAAAUGUGUUUCCUGUGUGAGGAAUGAAGUCUCUCCAAAGCUCAAGACCUACAGCAAACAUUUUUUCCCCCUUCACUGUUCUACAGAGAAGCUGCUGUCUCCUCUUUAGGUGGUAUUGGAGUUUUGCACCUGGAAAAAGUGACAAGUACUAUUUUCCUGUCUGUAACUUUUCUGAUGUUCGGCUGCUGCUGAUUACAAACAGACAUGAGCCCUUUUGGUACAGACUGAAGGCCAUAACGGAGUUGAUGAUCUGAACAAAAAGAACCUGUUUGAUUUCUCUCCCAGACUGAUUGCUACUUAAGUUAAAUAUGUUUAUGAUGAAGAUGAAGGUAUCAAGUAUACUGUAAGGUUUAAAACAAGUAAUUUUUGUCUUGGAAAGAAUAAAUUUUUCUUGGGUAUUAAUCUUCUAGAACAAGAACAUUCUUUGAGAACCUAUGAACAUGAUUUGUUCACUGUUGGAUGUUCUUGAGACAGAAGUAAUGGUCCAAAUUUGCAUGUUUUAUAAAAGUUACAGAGCGUUUCUUCAAACUUUGCAGAAGAAAUUUUGCAUUUGCUAAUUUCAAAACUUAGAAAAACAUUUGCUGCACAUUUGAAAGGUUUAGCUUUUUCUUUUCGAAUGUCAAGUGAGAAGUGCUCAUUUGAAUAUAAGCUCUCAGUAGUACAGCACCAGCAACAUUUCUUGGGGAAGACAACAGCCAGAAGACUGCAGGUGUAAAUGGCUUGUUCUCAAUAACAAAAUUUGCAGCCCCAAACACUGGUGGAACUGUAAUGGAGGGCCUGGGUAUCAUCUGGAUUUUACUGCAUCAGUGUAUUGCAGUUGAGGUAACGCAAGCAUGGUCAUCAUCUAGCAGAACUAUAAGCAAAAUCUGUCUCUCUAAUAUGGGAAAUACCACUGAUUCAGCAAUACAGUCUCUGCUCGUCCCUCCCCCCCAGUGCUCAAUAUACGCCCAUAUGAAAGUAUAACUUUGAUUUCUUAAAUCAGGACAGUUAAUCUACAGGAAAAACUGCAAGUAAACAGACUGUGCUAACUCCAUGUGUGGUCUCGAGCAAGUGCUGGUCGUCUGAAACCAGUUCUUUGUCUAUCUGAUGGACAUUUUUAUGGCUUUUCAUGAAGUGCUGAUGUUUCUGACAUCUUUAUGCAGAUCACGGGUACAUUUUGUCCCAGAUUUUUAUCACAUUUCAGAUGAGAAAAGGAGACCAGUGUGCUUUGACCACUCUUGAGGCCAGAGUUACUGCUGGUGUAAAAGCAGGCAUUACUGAAAAGUCAUUUGCCAAAUAUCAAAUGUAGUAAAAUGAUUCAAAUAUGAGUCUUCCAAAUUCACCAUCCUUGACCCCCCUCCUUCUUUGUUUUUUGUUUUUCUCUUUUUCCCCAGAUAACUGGUUCCUAAGAGAAAGCCCAGACUGAUAGAAAGGAACGGAGUUCUCAAAGGAAAGGGUCGAACAGUGAGUGGGAUGGGGGGCAGGUUUCCACGUCUACAGCAGCAGGAUGUCUCCUGUCUCUCAGAGUUCUGUCCUGACAGCUCCCCGGCCAUAAGCAAGGGCACCCUGUAUCAAAGAGUAGGACAGGCAAAAUGAGGAGAGGGCCAGGAAUGAAAAAGCUGGCAAGGAGAAGCAGCUGUGUGGGUGUUGCAGGCAGCAGUGGGUUUCCCUGUCAGCAGAGGCGGUGGCCUUAGGGCUGCCCCAGGAAAUGGGUCCUGUUGGCCCACGCGCUGAGGAGCUGAGAACUCCCAGUGAACGCAGCGAGAAGAGCAGCCCUGCCUGGUUCAGGAGGCCAGAAGGGAGACUGAUCCUGAGAAAAGAACUGUCGAGGAGGCUGAGUCAUGUUGUACAUGCUGGUUUUGUGCUUUAACCUAUCAGCAACUCUUGAAACCUAGAUUGACACUAAAAAUGAGCCCUUAAGCUUCUAGAUCUAUCAAAAUAAUUACUGUUGCAAGCCAUAAAUAGUAUUGUAGAUGCUGUAGAAUAGUUAACAUUGGCUGCAAUUAGAAACUGUGCUUUAGUAUUUCUUACUGCUGCUUUCUUUUUAAAAAAUCUACAUACACACAAGAGUCAUGUACACAAAAUGACAUUAAACUCCCGAUGUGAGGACAGAAGCCUGAUGCAGGACAAGAUUUCAGUGUGAUUUCUCCUCAAGAUUUCUGAAGUGUCUCGAUAUGAUUAACCUGUCCCUGUGAAGAUGAGGCAGAGAAAUAGAAAAUACUUCAAACUACACAGCUAAUACUGCUUUUAUCUAUCAACUAUUUAUUCUCAGACUCUACAACACACAGAUCAUUGCUGCUCCUGCCAAAGGCAUGUUAUGGGAAGAGGUGUAGGUUUCUGUCGUAACUGUCGUAUCGUAAGCCUUUAAAACUUCCACUUUACAUAUUCAGAGGAUUAUUUUAGAGGAAGUUCGGGCACUUUUAUUUUUAGGAAUUUGAGUAGAAAUUAUGGUAAGAUUUUUCUGUUAAAGCUGCCCCUUGAGUGUGGAAUUCGCAGGUACCAGGGUACUUUUGGUAUGCUAGUCUUAGAAACUGGUCCUGUUCUCCAGAGUGCUAAACACCUGCAGUUUUCAGGUACUGUUUCCUCCCUUGUUGGAUCUUGUGUGGCUCUUCUGUAUUGUAAGUAGCCUCUGGGGUUUGGAGGUUUGUUCUGGUUGUAGCUCACCAGAGCCCCAAGAGGAGGAAAAAAGCAGCGUUUGCAGCAGCAUCAGUGUCUGGCAGAUGGAUCAAGAGAUGCAUUGACUCUGACAUAAAUUAACCAGAUCUACCUAGAUCUGGAGCACUGACUAACUAUAUAAAUUAAAUUUUUUUAAAAAAGUAGUUGAGCUUCACAGUGUACAUUCUCUGAGGACAGCAUCUAAAAUUGUACAUAAGUGUGGGAUUCAGGUAUAUACUUACAGAGGCUCCAAAUAGCAGCUACUUUAACUCAGUGCAGAUCAAGACCUCAUCUCUCACAGUACCUAAAACAGUGAGGUGUGCAACAGCAGUGCAACAUCAGAGGCUCUUCUAUCCUAAAUAGCACCAAAGAGAGCAGCUGCAUCUAAAGUGAUUUGUUAUAAUACUGAAGAUACUUACUACACUCAUUUCUAUCGAUUUCUUUUGUAUAUAUAGACAGCUUUUAUAUGCAUUUUUCUUAAUUACAAAACUGUCAUGAAAUGUAAUGAAGCUGCAAAUUACAGUUAAUUUUAAUGCUGAUUAAAACUGGUGUUUGGCUGUUUGUUUUCUACAGCAAUUACUUGAAUCUCGUUUCCAUUAGGUAGUGAAGUCUGAUAAUGUUUACAGGAUUGCUUUGUUUUUCGGGGGGUUUCCAAUCCUCUGCUCAGCAGUCAGGCAGGUGUGUCGGGGAUGAAGUGCUGGGACCACCAUUAGCACCAAAGCACUAAUGGUGACAGGCAGAUUCCCUUCCCUGUACACAGCUUAGCUGACAACUUACAUGCUUAGCAUGUUCCUAUUUGUCCCAUCCCUUAACCUGUUGCUGUCAGCUUGAUUGUGAGAAACUUAAAUCUUUCUGAAUGGCAAUUUACAAUCAUAAAAAUAUCACCAAAAGAGGCGGCAAUCCUGCUGUUAAAGAUCUGCCUCCUCUCCCCUUUUUAACUUCGAUUAAUUAAACAUCCCUGGGUUAUCUCUGUGAUUAUUUUUGUAUUUUCCAGGAGGGUCAUCAACAUUUGCACUAACCACAAUGUCCCGGCUGUUCUGCUUCCACAUCGUUAUUUUUAAUUGUGCUGCCUAAACUUGUAAUGAGCUGUAUUUAAGUCUGAGGUAAAGUGUAAAAGAUAUAUGUACUGAUGACACAUUUAUUGUAUUUUUUUGUAUGUUACAGAUAGGACCAGUCCUAUGCACAGAGAAAACAUGUUGCCAUUUAUAGUUUAAUACUUGAAGUAACUUUUUUAAAUGGGCUUUUAUAAAUGAAUCAAAUACAAAAUCACAUUGCUUUGCCUGGAAGUUCUUUCAUGUUUUAAUUGUAUUGUGCAAUUUCCCCAUAUGUAUACUUUUCCAUAAAUGUUAUCUUAAGCCAUUUAUAACCAUUGAAAGUGCGUUCAAGAAUUUGUACAUCAGUGUUCAGACCUGUUCGUACUUCUCUGAAGUAUAAUUCAUGUUGAAAUAAAAACGUUGUAUCAUUUUAGGCCUCUUUUCCAAAGUGAUAAAAUAUGAACACUUGAAUUCAUCAGUGAAUGCAACGUCAGCUCAAUAAAAGUAUGUGAAACAAUCUCAAAA